CGUGACCUAGAAUCUCUUGAACAAACGUAGUUCUAUCCAAACUUCAGGAAGCGUCAAGCGAUUAAACAAUGCAUUAGUGCGAAAUAAGCAGAGAAUGCAAUAGCUUGAUUCGCGUACGAUUUCGUGCUUUCAAAAACUUUCAACUUGUUGCCGAUAGAUUGAACAAGAACAAGAUAACAAUAAGAGGCUACAACGCUAAAACCCCUUCAUCAAAGGCAGAAUCUUCUGCGCCGUUCAUCAUUGCACAACGUUUCGACAGAAACUAUCCUUGACAUUGCUACCGCCACGGGAUCGCACCAUACCGUUCUGUGUCACUAAAUCCUUUCCUCCAAAUCACCGACGCCGCUAUACCUUUGUAUAUAAUUCACGCGCCACAUUGCUCUACGUCACCGAAACACCAGUGUUCUUGUGAUUGAUCAUGGCUGACUUCCUCAAAAGCUAUUUCGUUCAGAACUUGAAGGAUGACGACCGAGAACCAAUUCUCGAGUUUACCAUUCCACAUGUUGGUGGAGAAUAUUCUUUAUAUGCUCCGACCGCGGAAUCGUGGAACCUCUUGUUUCUAACGAUUCUUGUGGGAUCCACCAUCCAAAUCGCAUUUUCUUGCUUCAUUUACGAGGCCAUAGUCAAAAGGCGGGGAACCCUUGGAUCAUACCUUGUUGGCUGGGGAUUUAUAAUCCCACUUUCUUUCGUCGUCCCAUUUUAUUUGUUGGAGGUAUUGGAUAUAAGGUGCGUUUGAAAUAAUAUUUGAAUCUUUAGUCACACAAAGCCGAUGUAUGUUAAUUCCAGUCUAUUUCGCAUACAAAUGAUCAUCACAUUCUAACCCUUUCCGUGGCACCUGUUCUGCACGGUGGACAGAAACAAGGUUUUCUGUUUAACUUCGGCUACACCGAUGAGCAUCUUAUGUUUUCGCUGCCUCGAAGCUAUGUACGGGACAUCACCAAAUGUAACCGAAUCAUCGAUUUGGAACUACUGCUGUUACUAUUCCAAUAUGGUACGUUUCGAAAUUGGGUUUCUACUUGCAUGCUACCCUUCGUGAAAUGAAACUCAUCAACAUAACUUUUUUAACUCUUUUCAUUCCCCAUGCGAUAAGGCGCCGUAUGUAUGGAGUACGAAGGCAAGGGGAAUAGAGAAGACAUCAGGGACAAUUUUCUUUAAUUCCUUUAUUGAGCGGCUGUUCAACUUCGUCGCGCUUUCAUUAGUCCUAUCCUUUCUAAUGCACUUCGAUUUCGAGCCAUUUGAGGAUAGGAUAGCGCUGACAGGAUUUAACGUAUCUCGUGAUCUAUUCUCUCUGGGGCAUUUGUAUAAUUCAUAUUUGUUCACAGGUGAGUUGAGGAUUGCUACUACGAUACAAGCACCGGCUGAAAUGAUCAUUCUAUGUUUGUGGCGAUGAUUACUGAUCUUAUUUAUUCGUUGACUGGUUGUUUUUCCUUGCCCUCGACAAUAUUGGUGCAGUCCUUUUGUACUUUACACUAAAUAACCUGUUUGAAUUGAAUGCGUUCGGAGAGAAUGUGAAGGGAUUUGCAACACAGAAGGUUUUCGAUUCUCCUCUCACAAAAAGCAAGACACCGACAGAGUUUUGGACCGAACGCUGGAAUCACAUGACGCAUCUUCUUCUAAAGGUAUGCUUUUCUAAUUGUACGGAAGCCAAGCAUUUCUGGAUACGUGAAACUUCUCUGUUUCGUCUGGUUGUUUUCAAAUUACCUUAUCUCUUUUUCUGUUAUGUAUUCUUGGUAUGGGAUAGAGAGGAAUAUUUGAGCCGGCAAAGAAAUGCUUCCAUGACCGGCGGAUUGCAAUGUUCGUGACCUUCGUUGUAUCGGGUCUCUAUCACGAAUAUUGUUGGGCGUGCAUUUUCUACGAUCAAUCAUAUUUGUAUGAUUCAGACGGCAAAUGUCUGAAAGACGAAGGCUGCUACGAUUUCCAAUUUGGUAGGGUUACUGCCUUUUUCGCCUAUACAGGCAUCGUUAUGCUUUUGGAACGACCGCUCAGAAAACUUGCUCUAGUCAAAUGGUUUUCAUCGGUUUUGCCUACCGUUGUAGUUGCCCAACUGCUAGUUCUAAUUCACGUCCCAUUCGUGAAAUGGUACUGCGGAGAUUGGAUCAAAGGUAAGAUUGCAGUUUCUUGUUUCAUACUCGUUGUCUAUACAACUCUUAUAUUCUCUUUUCUAACCGAAAUUCCUUGUGAAUGAAUCCGUAUCGAUCUAUUGAUUAAUUCAUUUGAACUCAAGGUGGAUUCUUUGACGAUCUUAGCAUGAUGACAUUUCUUAUACGCAAAGCAUGAUUGUUGAUCCAUAAUCUUUAAGACCACGAAACAUUUUUCAAUUAUACAGGCUGAACCAUGACUUGCAGUAUCAACAUUGAGACUACCGUAUUCGAUGAUAAGAGAAAUAUAAUUGAUUUUAAAAAGUAAGUCAUCAUUCUUUCAUUGUCAAUUUUUAGCUCGGCAGGAUAAUGAUUUCUGCAUAUAGAAAUGGCUAGUUACUGCAUUGCAGUGCUGUAUAUUAGUUACAGUACAAUAGUUUCUUCUUAUGCCGCGCAUACAUAGGUGUUUUGACUCAAGAUAAGUGCGACAAUCAAUCCGUAGAGUGCAAGAGCUUCCGAGAAAAUGAGCAUAAUAAGCAUACCGACGUAGAGUUUGUUUGAAGCCUCGGCGUUGCUGGAUCCUCCAAAGUCACCGUCAUCACCUUGGUCUUCGGACCAGAACCACUUUCGUCCGCCUUCCGCCUUUAGUCCGAAACCUCUGACUCCGGCAUCUCCAAUAAUUCCAAUAGUACCUCCGGCCGCUAGACAGGAAAGUCCACAGCACAUUCCAGCGGCAAGCUAUAGAAGAAAAAUACGAAAUAUUACAGAGACGCACAAACAUCGUGAGCAAAUUAAUUUACCCCGAUAGUACAAAUCAAUGAAACGAAUGAUAUGCUUCCACUCCGGUGCAGCGCAGGAAUAUCCUCGAACCUCAACAGCAUUGCAUAAUACUUACAUGGACGUAUCCAUUGAAGAUACUGUAUGUGUUGUAACCGCCUCCUGCGGGACUAGAGAUAGAUUGCGUAAUAAUAACAGAUACGAUCAGACCGUAGAUACCCAAAACACCGGCCAUGACAAUAGGAACGAUGUUCUUAAUAAUUCCCUUGGGGUGAUCGAUACCCAUUUGACAGACUCCUAGUCCAGCUCUCCAGGUUCCCCAGGCAGAACCCCAGCUAGAUAGGAUCAUA